AUGGCUCUCAGGCUGUUCCCACGGGGGAGGACGGCCAGCUACUACAUCUGCAUCGAUGGCGUUCGUGUUCAUGGCUCGCUGGACUACAAUACGGUGGACCACCACAUCCCCCAUCUCCGCGACUGUCCACGCUCAAGGACGGUGAACUCUCUCGGCCGGCCGGCAGCAGACAUCGACCUGACAGGAGUGGUUCAUCGAUGCGGUCUCUUCGUCAGCCAGCAGGUCGACAUAUCCAUCUUCUACGAGUGUCUACGGAUCCUCGUCAGUACACUGCGAGAGCUCCAGCACCAUCCCUUCCACGACCCAGCAGCAACCCUAUGUGGCCAUCUCGAACGCCUCUUCCUCUCUCACAGCCAGUCCGAUUGGUCCAAACAGUUAAAAUACUUCGCCUGUUUCUCCUACUUGUUCGAUGAAUCGGUCCUCAAAGCCUCUCCGGCCCUUCACAGGGGGAUGAGCACCUUCGUCAUCAGGAACGCCCGCGUUCUCACCCAUCAGGCUCCACUGAGUAUAUCACUGCAGUUCGCCGACCUGUGUUUCCACGCUGACUUUAUGGCCGUCAUGGCCGCUGUGUUCGAGUGUCUGUGCAGCGCUGAUCGGGCAGAGCUUAUACGGUCUCGGGGCACGAUUCCGCUUUAUUUGAGUGGCCGCUGGUCGCUGGCGAUCAUUCAAUACAUCUUUCACCAUUUUGGGGAGAAGGGGAACGUGUGUGAGAAGAUCAAGAUACGUGCUCGACGCCGCGUGAGGAGACGGCAGCGUCAUGGGCCUUUGGAUAGGGGGAUAGGAUUGUUUGCCUGGCCGCGUUGA